UGGCGUUUAUUCGCAAGUCACAAAUUCGAAACCGCUUGAAAACAAAGGCAUGUCUAGUCUUGUUGGAUCUGUAGUCACUGGCGACUGACAGUUCCGAAGAAUCGGAAACGUGAAAAAGCCGAACAUGGCGGUAGUGACAAAUUCGUUUGAUAUUUGGCUCAGUAAGAAAUUACAGGCUUUAAAUACUGACGAAGGUGUUUUUGGAUCGUACAUCAAGGGAAUUUUAGAGGGUGAUGAAACGGAGGAUGAGAAGACCGAAGCCCUUGAAAGCAUACUCUCGGGCAUAACGGACGAGAGCAUCAGCAAACAUGUAGCAGAGAUUUUAAGCGCUUGGACCAAGUGGCUACCUGUUGAAGAUGUUGCUGCUUCAAAAGUACCAGUUGAAGAUGUGGAUGUCAGACUGGCACGAAUGCUGGAGUCCCAGUCUCUUCCAACCACAACACAAAAAAGUUACACAGAAGAAGAAAAAAAGAUAAGAGAGGCCAUUCUUGCUCAGUACAGUCAAAUGUCAGAUGAGGAACACAGCGAAGGGGAGGGAGAGGAUGAGGGUGCCAGUGGAGGAGACUGUGGAAUUGAAAAGAACACAAAUGUUGCUGCCAUAAUACAGCAAGAAAAGGAGAGAAGGGAGAAAGCUAAACAAGAUAGUCAAAAAAAAAAGGAGAAAGACAAAGAAGAUAGGGAGAAACAGAAACAAUUAAAAGAAGAGAAGAAGGAAAAACGGAAAACACAGAAAGGAGAAAGAAGAAGGUAGCAUUGGGAUAGUGGAAUUCUAAUGUUUACCUCGAAAUUUCAAUUAAUCAGAUGCAAAUUAGCAUUAUACAUAUAUGUCUGUGUUUAUUCUUGUGCAUGCGGAAAUCAUCGCCUAUUUAAAUCGUUUACUAAUUUUCUUCUAGAAAUACGUGUCUGUAAAAGAGCUGUUCUAAAAGAACAUAAUUGAAGGCAAAAUGUCAAAUGUAUGUAUGCUGUUGAGCAGUGUUAAUUAUAUAUAUGUUGUAUGUAACAUUA